GGCUCCUCCACUAAUAUGCAUCAAAAUGCUACUUUCAGUCUUUCAGAGGGAAAACCCCUUCCAUAACAUCUUUUUUUUUUUUUUUUUUGAUUGCCGCGCCUCACCCUUGAUUGAUUCCUAGCUUGCCUUGCCCCCAACCAAAAUAACAAUCAUAGCCCACACCACACCCCCUGGAUGAGAUUUGGAGAUCUAGUCAACAUUGCCUAUUCCCCUUUCAUCAACUGAAGUACCCUUCUUCAUCCCAAGCCAUCCCUCUCAUUCCUUUUUUCAUUUCCCCCUCUUUCUUCUUCUCGUACCAGAGACGACUUCUUGCCUUGCUGCCUUGUUUCUUCAGUCUUUCUCUUGACCUUAUCCCUUGCGAACCAAGGCCACCGUAAACCAAAGUCCAAGGAGAUCAACAACCUUUUUUUUCGCCUUUUUUCUCUUCUUUGAGACCUUGUCUCUCCUGGCCCCGCCAAAUUGCAUAUCAAGCACACCUCGCAUUUUCCGAUUCUAUUCCAUUACAGGACUCGGCUGUCCGUCCGCUCGUUUGCGCGUCCCCCCUAAAAUCUGUCUUCAAGGGGUCUCUUAUCUACAACCACGACUUUUCUCGUCGACAGCCCCAACCAUCUCUAAUCGUAUCCUUAACAUCACCAACAACCAGAAUAAUCAUAAUGUCGGCUGACGAAAAGAUCCGCGUCUCGGGCGAGACGCCUCGUGCGACCACUCCUGUUCUUCCAACGGUUAACCCCAGUCUCGAGAAGUCACAGUCUGCUCGCGCUUCAGUUCACCCUACUUUCUAUGUUAUUGCAUGGAUUGGUUUUUCAUCAUCUGUCAUUCUGUUCAACAAAUGGCUCCUCGAUACCCUCAACUUCCGCUACCCCGUCAUUCUUACGACCUACCACUUGACCUUCGCGACAGUCGUCACUCAGAUUAUGGCCCGAUGGACUCCUUACCUUGACGGCCGCAAGACCGUCAAGAUGACAGCUCGCGUUUACGUCCGUGCCGUUGUGCCCAUCGGUAUCUUCUUCAGCUUGAGUUUGAUCUGUGGAAAUUUGACAUAUUUGUACCUCUCCGUUGCUUUUAUCCAGAUGCUCAAGGCUACCACACCCGUCGCCGUUCUCAUCUCUGGCUGGAUUUUGGGUGUUUCUGCUCCCAACCUCAAGCAGUUCCUCAAUGUCUCCGCUAUUGUUGUUGGUGUCAUCAUUGCUUCCAUGGGCGAAAUUCACUUCGUCACUGUUGGUGUGCUCUUCCAAAUGGGCGGUAUCAUUUUUGAGGCUCUGCGACUUACCAUGGUCCAGCGCUUGCUGAGCUCCGCUGACUACAAGAUGGACCCUCUCGUCUCUCUGUACUAUUUUGCUCCCAUCUGCGCUGUCAUGAACGGUGUGGUUGCUCUUAUUUGGGAGAUCCCCAGGUGCUCGAUGGCCGAGGUUUACCACGUCGGUCUGUUCACUUUCUUCCUCAACGGUCUUUGCGCUUUCAUGCUCAACGUCUCCGUCGUCUUCCUGAUCGGCAAGACUUCUGCUGUCGUCCUCACACUCUGCGGUGUUCUCAAGGAUAUUCUCCUGGUCAUUGCUUCCAUGAUGAUCUGGGGCACCCAAGUUACUGGCCUCCAAUUCUUUGGUUACUCCAUUGCUCUUGGUGGCAUGGUCUACUACAAGCUCGGCUACGAGCAGAUCAAGGGCCACAUUGCUGAUGCCAACCGACAGUGGGCUGAGUUUGGUGCUCGCAAGCCCAUUCUCCGCAAGGUCACCAUCAUCAUUGCCACCGCUUUCCUCAUCUUCACCUUCUUCGGUGGUCUUGCUCCCGGUUACUCUUCAGAGGUUGAUCCCACUAGACUGGCCAACGAGGUCUCUAACCGUUUCGGCAUCAACGAUGCCCAGCACGUCUAGAGCUCUGUAUUAUACGGUCUCAAUGUGAAGCAAGACCCGGACGUUUGGUUGACGGGGGCGAAUGGCGAUCUAAGGAACCUCUUUUCUAUAUCCGUUAUUUCCUUAUGUAUUACGCCCAAUCAAGUUGUUGAACUUGGUCCGAAUGUGUCCACAGUCGAAUUGACUUGGCGCACUUUUCUGUGGAUUGGAGAUCUUUUGAUAUAUUCUGUUUGAUUGGGGAAGGGAGGGUCUUAUGAAGUGUAAAGCCAUAGAGCUGGGCGCAGAGCGCGAGGUAGCGGUUUCAUGCAUGAACCGCAUCACGAAAGGUCUAAUUGAUGUGUAACUCUAGACGGCGUUUGGCCAUAGACAUGUAGAAACGAAACGGUUAAACAAAACCCACCAUAACAAAAGUUCAUUGAUCUAUUUUCCCU